CACUCCCUUCUCUCUCUCUCUCCCUCUCUCGGAGGUUGCCUAAUACCUUCGCUCACUUUUGUUUUCUUCAUAUAAUAGAUUGCACCUUUUCCAUAAAAAAGAAGCAUAUAAUUCAGCAUAGCUGGGUAGACGAAAUAGCAAGGCAGAAUGGGUAUCAUUGAGAAGAUCAAAGAGAUUGAAGCCGAGAUGGCUCGGACUCAGAAAAACAAAGCCACAGAGUAUCAUCUCGGGCAGCUCAAGGCAAAGAUAGCCAAGUUAAGGACACAAUUGUUGGAGCCUCCAAAAGGAUCUAGUGGAGGAGGAGAGGGAUUUGAAGUUACAAAAUUUGGCCAUGGGCGUGUUGCACUGAUUGGAUUUCCAAGUGUGGGAAAGUCAACUCUUUUGACAAUGUUAACGGGCACACAUUCAGAAUCUGCAUCUUAUGAGUUCACAACUCUUACUUGCAUUCCUGGCAUCAUACACUAUAAUGAUACUAAAAUCCAGUUGCUUGAUCUUCCUGGAAUUAUCGAGGGUGCUUCUGAAGGCAAGGGACGUGGGAGACAGGUUAUUGCUGUUGCUAAGUCUUCCGACAUAGUAUUGAUGGUUCUUGAUGCUUCAAAAAGUGAGGGUCAUAGGCAAAUAUUGACUAGGGAGCUUGAAGCUGUGGGCUUGCGGUUGAACAAGAGACCACCUCAGAUAUAUUUCAAAAAGAAAAAGACUGGUGGCAUCUCAUUUAACAGCACUCUGCCUUUGACUCAUGUGGAUGAGAAGCUUUGUUAUCAGAUUCUGCAUGAAUACAAAAUUCACAAUGCAGAGAUUCUUUUCCGGGAGGACGCCACAGUCGAUGAUCUCAUAGAUGUCAUUGAAGGAAACCGUAAAUACAUGAAGUGUAUAUAUGUCUACAACAAGAUAGAUGUUGUUGGUAUUGACGAUGUGGACAGACUAGCCCGCCAACCUAAUUCUGUUGUCAUUAGCUGCAAUUUGAAGCUGAACUUAGACAGAUUACUUUCAAGGAUGUGGGACGAAAUGGGUCUGGUUCGAGUUUACACAAAACCCCAAGGGCAGCAGCCUGAUUUCUCUGAUCCUGUGGUUCUUUCCGCGGAUAGAGGUGGCUGCAGUGUAGAAGACUUCUGCAAUCACAUACAUAGAAGUUUGGUGAAGGAUGUGAAGUAUGUUCUCGUCUGGGGUAUAAGUGCAAGGCACUACCCUCAACAUUGUGGCCUUAGUCAUGUUCUUCGCGACGAAGACGUGGUUCAAAUCGUUAAGAAAAAGGAAAAGGAGGAGGGAGGAAGGGGCCGAUUCAAGUCACAUUCCAAUGCUCCGGCUCGGAUAUCUGACAGAGAAAAGAAGGCACCACUUAAGACAUAAUUUUAUGAAAGCGUGGUUUUUGAAAAGUUACUACAGGCUAAAGGACAUAUAUAUCCAAAGCAAUGGACUUUUUUGAGUGCUCUUGCUGCAUAGGGAUCAAGUGCUCUUCAUGCGAGCUCCUACUUUGUGAAGUCCUAGGUUGUAGCCACCCAUGUGUUGUAAUCCCCCCACCCACACCCCCUUUCUUUCUUUCUCUCUUUUUUUCUUUUAUAAUAAUUUCUAUUGUUUGUGAAUCUUGCAUCUGACUUGAAAAAUGAAAUAGAGAGCAAAAGAAACCUGUACUGCAUCUUGAAAAUUUGCUGUCA